AGCGUGUAUUAGUCGCGUUUGUAUUCGGUUUUGUGUUUACAUAAAUGUGACGCGUCUGUAGUCAUGUAAUUAAGAAAAAGUCGGAUGUCUUUAGAAUUGAUACAAUAGCGUUAUCACGACUAUUCAUUUUCAUGUUUAAUUCUAGUUUGAGUUAAAUUCAAGUUUUGUUUAAAUAAAUCAGUGAUCGAAAAUGCAAUAAUUUAACGGAGAUAUCAAUCGAUUCAUCAGUGAGUGCUUGGAGAUUGUAUUAGUGCUAAUAAACACAUAGUUUAUGUAUUCAUGUGGAUAAAAGAACAAGUGCCGUGUGUGUAGUGACAAUUGUGCGCGAGGAUAAUUUCAAGAAAAAAAUAAGUUUCGUUAGAAAAGACUCAAGAUUUUGACUUCGGAGGCACGCGUCCCUAGCCUCAAAUAUGGAUCUUCAUGGUGCUUAAGGACGAAAGAGAAGAGGACGCCUUAUACGGUGCAUCAAAAGAAUGACAAUAAAUAAUUUAUGGAUAGAGAUACAAUAUCACGAACAAUUCUCAAACGAAACUUUCACCGGCAGUCGUGGCGGUGCUCCUCCAGCGUUUGUCGUCAGUUCCGAGUGAGCUCAUCGUUUUAUUGGCAACCAAAAGAUCACAAACUCUGAAUCUCGAUAUAAAUGAACAAGAGUAGUAAUCCGAUGAUAAGCUAUUUUUACCAUGCAAGAAAUGAUCACUGAUAUCUCUACAACGUAUGUCAAUGUUGGAACGAUGCUUUAAUGUACCGACACAACGAAACAGUUCUCAUCUAUUUCAUCAACAACGACAUAGAAAAUCUUCAGCUCAACGUUUUUUACGAGGAUUAUUACUGAGUUCUUUGAGACAAUUCUAAAGAAUUAAAGUGAAAACAUGAGACAGCCAGUGACAACAUUCUUCUGUCUGGGGCUGAUAUUUAUGAUGGGUAAUGGUCAAGAAACUUGGGAUUGUGAUCCGCCAUGCAAUUGCAAGUGGUCAUCAGGCAAAAAGACAGCAGAUUGCAUGCGCCAGAAUUACUCUCAAAUACCAGACUACCUGUCAUCAGAUAUACAGAAUUUAGAUCUCACCGGAAACCGAAUAAACCACCUUACCGCUGGAGCUUUUAGCCGAGUUGGCUUGAUCAAUUUGCAUAAACUCGUGAUGAAAGAUUGUGGAAUUAAAACAAUAGACAAAGAUGCUUUUACUGGUUUGAAAAUAGUUAUUGAGAUAGAUCUUUCCAAUAAUAAUAUAACGACUUUAGUGCCAGGAACUUUCUAUGAUACACAAAAACUACGAGUAUUAUUACUUAAUAAUAAUUAUUUAAUGUCUUUGGAAAGUGGAUUAUUUCAUGAUUUGGUGCAUUUGCAAAAAGUAGAUAUUUCUAAUAAUCAAUUAGAAAGAAUUUCUGAUAAAACAUUUAAAAACCUAACAGGUUUUCUUACAUUGACUCUAGACAGCAAUAAUUUAACAACAGUAAAAUGGGGAACAUUUGACAAUUUACCAAAACUAGGUAGUUUGGGAUUACGAAAUAAUCCAUGGAAUUGUAAUUGUCAUUUAAAAAAAUUCCGUAACUGGGUGAUUGAAAGGAAGUUAUACACAAAACCAACAACAUGUAAGCAGCCUGAAAUGUUGGAAGGUAAAAUGUGGGAUGAAGUUGACAGUGAAGCAUUUGCUUGCAGACCAAAAAUACUAUCUAUAGGACCAUCUCCUAGACUGGAGAUUGGUGAUUCAGUAACAAUGUGGUGUCACGCUGCUGGAAUACCUCGACCUAAACUAUCGUGGAUGCAUCGUUCCAGAAUUCUGAGCAACUCUACGAAGCGACAUGCCGGCGACAGAAGAUACGUUUUAACGGAACGACACGAGUGGCUGAAUCUCACUAUUACAGACAUAGUAGCAUCUGACAAAGGCGAAUACAUAUGCAAAGCAGAAAGUCUAGGUGGUAGCGUAGAGAGAAAUACCAGUAUUUCUAUCGUGGGAGAUGCAGAAAGUGGAGGAGCGGGAUUCAUCAGUCUACCUCUAGCACUUGGUCUUGGUGUAACAUUGCUUAUUCUAUUGCUCUUCUUUCUGACACUGUGUACGUGGUAUUGUCGUAGACGUCGAGUGCGUCACGAUGAGAAGAACGCUGAUGUGACCUCUCUGGAGCACCACGGCCUCGGUGAACAAGAAAAGUCUCUCAUUACUGCCAUCAAUCCUGUAGUGAAGCCACCAAGAAGAUACGAAGCACCUUCCGUCACGUCCCAUGGCACUGAGAUGACGGAACUCAAUCGUACUCUUCUCGACAACGAUUCUGUCUUCGCUGACGGCGUGGGAAGCAUAAUUGGUGUCGUUGGAGGUAUGGUCGACGAUGAGCGAGAGAGAGCAACACCAGAGUUUGAAAGCGGCACUUUAACACGUGGUGCCAGUUACAGACAUUAUCCGCCAGAUUUGUUAGCCUUUUCUGGCGGUAGAGGUGCAUCACCGACAAGCCAAGCUUCGACGAUUCCAGAUAAUUCACGUCCACCAAAUCAAUCAUUUGGUUCGCCCUCUUCGGGUCAAUAUCCUGCUUUUAAAACACUUCCACAUAACAGAAGCGCAACGUCCUAUUCACCAGCUAUACCAGUAAUGCCUCGUCAUGGUUAUGUUACAAUACCAAGAAGACCACGGGCACCAAGUUGGAGUAGUGGACCACCAACUUCUCCGAAUAAGAUGUUGGAGCCUGUUUACGACAAUUUAGGACGGCGCACAACCGCCGACGGCAGUUCCGUUUUAUCGCUGAACGAAAGUCCAGAACCAAGUACAACAUCAAUCAGAAUACGACCACUUCCGGGCACACCAACGACUCACUACAACUCAAUUCAACGAAGUAAUCCCAACAUCCUUAACGUAAGUCCCUUAGAUAGAUCAGCGCCUGAAGGGGCUGCCGAGUGGUUCACCAAACUUCCCGAUGAGAUGGAGAACAGAAUACAAUCUGAAACUAGCACCAGCACAUUAGGAAGGAAGAUCCCACCAAGACCACCACCUAAACCAAAGAAGAAGUCUACCAAUGGACCUCUCUACGAGGAUGAGGGUGAAGAUGGAACAGAAGUCUGAUUUUCAUGGUCUAGUAAAUGAAGGUUCCUCUGAAUAGAAACUUUUCCUUCGUUAACGACCAUUAGUGCCUUCAUGACAAGUGAAGUAUAUUUGUGCCAGAUAUUGGGAUUAUCGUGGGUCUUCCAAUCCCCUUUUUCCACAUCAAUUCAUAAAAUUUGUGUAAAAGACUUGACAAAAUAAUGAUCAAGUACUGAUGUUAGUAAUGUUCUUCCAUUACUUUUAUGCUGUCCUUUUUCUAUGUACAUCAAUCUGCUAAAAAUUAAUUGCUUUCAACUUUAAAUAAAUCACAGUCGAGUUGGCAAUAAA